AUGGAAUUUUUUUUUAAAUGCAAUAAAUACCCCUUCAAAGAAUAAACAAAACAGUAGUAAGAUAAUUGUGAAAUUGACGAAAUUAUUUGGGAUUUUAUUUGGAAUCCGCCAAAACAAUUAGGAACUUAAAUAUAAGUUUUUUUUAAUAAUAAUGAAUUCAUUUAUCAUUAGAAUGGCGCUUUAUUAAGAAUGUAAAUGUUAAAUUGUUAAAAAUAGAGAUUUAAUUAAAGACUUAUCUCAAAAGCCUGAAUACUUGACCAAUUUAGAGUAAAUAAAGUAUUUAAAGUUGAUUGGAAAACAUGGAUAAAGUAGUUAAACGGAUAGUAACAUGGAAAAGCUAAAUCUGAAAUAAUUUUCUGAUGUAAAUUUAUUUAAUGAAUAUUAAGAUAAGCUUACAUAUAUGAAAUUAAAGAAUAUUUUAACGAUAAUAGGUUAGGAAAUUGGAAGUGCUCUGAUGAGAAUGAAAAAAUGUAUAUUACAAUAUGUUAUUAAAAGUGGUGGUGGAUUAUAAAUUUAAUAAGGUGAAAAAACAUGGAAAAUGGAUAGAAGCCGACGAUUGA